AUGAGUGCAGUUAAUUCACCAAACAACGAUGGGCAAAAUGUUGGAAUCCCUGUUAACACACCAGGAGGAGGACUCAGUCCCCAAGGUGUAGCCGUGAACCUCAGUAUGGCUAAUAGAAAUAAUAGUAAUGCCAGUAGUAACGGAAGUCUAACUAAUGGUUUUACUCAUGGUUCACCUACGGGUGCAGGUAUACAUACAGGUUUGCAAAUGAGUAGUCCUAUAAAUACACCUGGAGGAAUGCCCAUGAAUGUGUCGGCAGGAUCUCCUCCAACUAAUUCGAGGCUCACUCAGGCUCAAUUACAAUUAUUACAACAGCAACAGCAUAAAUUACAAGCUGGUACUCCACAGCAACAACAACAACAGAAACAGAAAAUGAUGAUGCAACAAAGAGCAAUGCAACAACAAAGACAGCAGCAAGCAAUGCAUAAUUUCGAAACACAAUUCUAUCAAUUGUUGAUGACGAUCAAUAAGAAACCAAAGAGAAUUUAUAAUUUCGUUGAAGAUACAGACUCAAUUCUUAAGAAAUACGAACAAUAUAGACCUAGUUUUGAAUUCCAUAUAUAUGAAAAUAAUUACAAAAUAUGUGCGCCAGCGAAUACAAGGGUACAACAGCAACAGAAAUCACCUGAGAUUUCAAAUGAGGGUCUUGUGUUAAAUAAAAACAACGAAAUUUUGAAAGAUUUUUUAGAAUAUGUCGCAAGAGGUACUAUGCCAGAGGCAUUAAUGGAAGUCCUUAGAGAUUGUAAUUUACAAUUAUAUGAAGGAAAUAUUGUGUUACAAGUAUAUGAUCAUACAAACACCGUCGAUAUAAUACCGAAGGAUUUACCAAAACCAGGUACUAUCCCAAAUCCUGUACCGCAGGGACAAGAACCACAGCAAGAUGUAAAAGCUGAUCCGGAAUCACAAAACAAUAACUUGCAGAAUUCAAAUAAUAAUAAUAUUAAGAGAGAAGCUCAUGAUAGUAAUAACGGGAAUUCAAGUAGCUCUUCAGAAAGAGCCAAUGUUGUCAAAACAUCAUUUAGAAGACCAAGAGUAUAUAGAACGCUCUUAAGGCCUACAGAUUUGUCAAGUUACUAUGAUAUGAUGACUUACGCAGAUCAAGCAAGAUUUUCUGAUACUAUCUAUAAUCAAUUAGAAUCAGAAUUGUUGAUCCUCACCAAACGUAAUAUCGAUCUUGUUGUGAAAUUGAACCCAUAUGAGCACCAAGAAAAAAUAAAUGAAUUAGAUUUUACUAUACCAAAAUGGGACGAAGAAACGCAAAGAGUACAUUUUCCACAUAGAAAGUUAUCCGUAGAUGAAAAGACUAAGGGUGGAGCAGGUCAUAUAAGUCAACAUGAGGAAUUACCACAACAUAACUCUACAUAUGAGCAGAUGAUGUUAAUCAUGGGUGAAAGGACCACGACAACAACAAAUUCAGCAUUUGCCGCAGCUUUAGCAAGACAUGCUACAGAGACAAAAACUUCCAAAUCUGGUUCUAGUGGUUCAAAAGGUAUAUCUGGUGGUGGCAGGAACACGGGUAGUUCUUCGGCUUCAGAUGGUGGUCAAUCUUCUAUCGCUGCUGCAAAUGCGGCCGCAGCUGCAUCAAGUGUUAGUAAUGAGAAUAAUCAAUUUAGUAGAUUGAAAUUCAUUGAACAAUACCGUGUCAAUAAGGAGAAGAGAAAACAGCAACAAGCAUUAAACAUGGUUAAUGGAAAUGGUGGUGGGAACGGUGUUGCUCUUCCAUUCAAUAUGAAGAUAUCUAUGGCAAUGACUGGCUCAGAUUCCAAUUUAGCGCCUCAGAAACAAAAGGGCCAAGGAGGUAAGAAGGAUACUGGUGGGCAAGCAAAAGGUAAAGGAACAAAUAAACGUGGUAGUAAUUCAGAUAAACCCAAAACGAAGAGACCUCGUAAACCUAAGAAGACCGCUGCUAAUGGUGAAACCCCUAAGAAGAAACGUGUGACGAAGAAGAAAGGUACCGCUGCGUCUACAGCUGCUGCAAGUACGGUGAGUACGCCAGCUGGGAAUGAUAUAGGUUAUUUGACUGGUACACCUUCUAGUGUUAAGUCUGCUGGUUCGCCCACUACAGCAACACCUAAAUAG